UAGAGUCCCCAUCAUUUUUGAGGGUUUGGAAUAUCGUGACGGAUACCGCAAUUCAAACCGGGGACAAUCGCACUUGGUAGUGCCUCAUGGAAAUCCCGAACGUCGUUCGCACCUGCUGAGGCACCAGUGGCGGGCGAUCGCUAAUACCUCUUGACUUUGUGGCAUGUUGGGGCUAGAUUGAAAUCGCCUGGGCCUUUUACCCGGGUAAAUGGCUGGAAACUGUAAAUCCUGUUGCCCCCCAGUUUGGGCGCCGUUACUGAGCUACGGCCAACUGUGAUCAACCUGCGAAACUCCACUCUCAAUCCAUUUUCCGUCAUCUUCGCUCUCUUUCAACCCCGUUGUCCCUCGCUUGUUUCUUGCCGCGAUCCUCCGUGACGUUCAACUGUUUUGCAUCUACGCGGAAACGAUACCGCGGCCAGAUGGCGCCAAGAUACGAUGAGGCGCCCGAAGUGGCCCCCCAGUAUUUGCCAGAAGUCCACCAUCCCCCAGCGGCACCGGAAUUUGCAGGAUAUCAGUCACCAGCUACACCCACUUCAAUAAAACGAGAAGACUCGUUUCAACCGGGCUUUGCACCUGCUGGCCAACCCGGCUCAACACUUGGAUAUGACCAGCAAUCCGCCUACCAAGGCGCAAACGCAGACCCUAGUGCUGCAGGGAGGCAUCCGAAGAAACGAAUCGUCUGCGGUUGUUCCGUUGUGGUCCUUGUGUUAUCGAUCAUCAUUGCAAUUCUUUCGGCGGCGGUCAUUGGGCUCGCAGCGGGGACUGGGUUGGAGGCAAGUCGUGCGAACAAUGCGGAAUUGAGGUUGGCUUCGUUGACCUCGGGCGGCGCAACGACAACCGGCACCGCGCCGUCAGCAACAUCAACUUCGGUGACAGAUUUCAGCCGCCUGGAUAGGAACUGUUCGUCAGAUUCAAGCGGCGUUUCAGGCACCGAGUACACAUCUUCAUUCUUCAACAAGCCCACAUUCGAAGUCUGGUGCAAUAGCGACACGCCAAACUCGCCCGUGCAGUCGCUAUUCGUCGGGAACUUCGACGAUUGCAUGGAUGCCUGCGCCAGCUAUACCUUUUUUAUCCCCAGCGACUUCUCAAACGAGACCAUCACCAACCAGACGUGUGCCGGUGUCAGCUUUAUCCCCCUUUGGACGAAUCGCACAGCGGCCGUGAAGGGCACUGCUCCUGGCAACUGCUAUCUCAAGCCUGGCCCGCAGAACCGCACAGCCCUGUCUACGCCGAAUAUCGGAACGGAAUGCCACGCCGCCAUCUUGACCGACGAUUGAAUUAAUGGCCACGUAAUGAUAUACAUGCGCUCGCUUUUACCUUUUCCUUCGAGACGAUACCAUUUGAAAUUAAGCUAAUUGUUCAUUUACUGCUGGGCGACGACGGUGUUUGGAUCUGGGUCAGAACGAAAAUCUACUGGGUAGACAACGGGAUGAUCAAUGGUGGUCUUGGCCCCGUGAAGCGUGGCUACUACCACAUAUUUUCACCACGAGCGGGCGGGGUUCCAAAGGCUGGAGCGAACCGAAUGGCCGGCUGUAUUAUAUAUUACCGACGUAUCUCAACACUGUCCCUCGACCAUCGAGCAUGGCGCAAUACAGGAGAGGAAAAGAGCGAUACUGGGAAGAAGGGAACUGGCAUAGGCCUGCCUUUCCUUAGGCACGCAUAAAAAAUUGCACAUCAACCACAUAAUA